AUGGAGAAAGAGGUGGCUGAGAUGGAGGAAGAUACAUGGACUGUAGAGGCAACUGUGGAGUGCCAUGAAGAGCUGCCCUCAGGUGUUCCUCCCCUCUCGUCUUCCACCUCCAUGCCUGACCAGUGGGAAGUCAGAGCAGAUGAGGAGGAAACUCAACAACCAGUUCUCAAAGAGGACAUGACAGACUAUCUCAAAGCUACCCCUCAGGAUAUCCUGACUCCAGUCAAUCAGGAGGACUCAGGAGAAGAAAAGGAUUGUGGGAUUGCAGAGGCCAAAGAGGAUGAGGGGGCGGAGCAUGUGGAGAGAGAAGGAAAUGAGGAGACUGAGGGUGGAGAUGAAGACAAGAGUGGAGGCAGAGGAGGAGGCCGAAACGAAGUCGGAAGGGAGCCUGGCAUGAAGGGGGAGUCGGGCUGGAGGAGCUCGGGGGCUGGAGGGAGGAAAGGCCGGUCCCGGAACAGAGGAGGAGGGGUGGCAGCCUCCGAGCAGAAUACCCAGGCUACAUCAUCAUCCUCCUCCUCUUACCUUCCUAAAGGGUCCCUGUCGUCAGGCGGUGGGAGGCACAAGCAGGCCCGGAGGCGCAACCAGCACCACCACCAGGGCCGGGGCCGGCGGCAGACAAGCACCCAACUUACCUUGGCCUUCAGGGAGCUGCUGUCGGAGUCGCUCAGCCCUUGGUGCAUCUCCUGCAUCCACAUGGUGGUGGAGCUCAUUGUCUCCGUGACCCACCGCUGCGGGGUGGCCGUAGAGGCCGCAGGGGUGGCCCUCUAUGACCUCUGCUCACAGCUGCUCAACAAGGUCACAGACGUGCCAGGGAUGAAGGCGGAUGCCCGGCGCGUGCUGGAGAGGGUGAGUUGCGCUGGGACGGUCCUGGUGGAUAAGAGCAUCUGGUCGGUGGAGUGUGUCCUGCAGGCCUCCCUGACCUGCUUCGGCCUCCUCUGUGCCGUGGUGCUGCAGGGGUCACAGUGGGCCCGGUUCAAGCUGGUCCGGCUGGGCGGGGAGAGGGGACAGCGUUGGUGGACGGCCGUGCAGGACUCCAAGGUCUGGAGGAGGGUGGCCUCGCUGGUGGAAAGGGUCAGCGGCUGGUUCAGGAGGAGGAGAGGCACCACCACCCAGGUGCCCCCGUUCACCCCAGAUUCUCCCGGUGGAGUAGGCAGGUACCAGCCUGGGCAGGAGCUGGAGAGACUGCUGGCUCUGGCUCAGGUCCCUGAAGAGGAGCUGGACCCUUUUACAGUGCUGGGGGUGGAGGCCCACGCAACUGAAGCUGAGCUAAAGAGGGCCUACAGACAGCUGGCUGUCCAGGUGAGUGUAAAUGAGAUGGGCAUGACAUCUUAUGAGUACAGGUGAAUUAUAAAAAUGAGUGGAACUCAUCAACUGGAGAGUGUAGCGAUUAUAGUCAAAUAAUUUCAGCUUUGCCUGUCAGAACACAAGCCAAAUCAUUUUUGCACUUAGUUGUGCAUGGCUGCAUGCAUCUUUUAUUGUUUUAUAUCCACAAUAUAAAAUGUAAUCAGAAAAUGAGUAGAAGUAGCCAACCUGUUGUCUCUUCCUUAGUUGCUCUCUCUCUUGCAUGUUAUCUGCUCUGCCCCUUACAUCUGGCCAUAUUUCUCUUUUCUUUCCUCUCUCAGGUCCAUCCAGACAAGAACAAGCAUCCACGUGCUGGGGAGGCCUUUAAGGUGCUGAGGGCUGCUUGGGACAUCGUCAGUAACCCAGAGACACGGAGGGAAUACGAGCUGUGAGUAAAAGAAACACAAACUACUGGACCAGUAUUUAAAUCAAAUGCAAGAAGCUAUGAUAAAAUGACUACACCUUCAACAAAAUAUAUCUGUUAGAACUCAGGCCUCUCACAAUAGGAAUUUCAGAUGAAGAAGCAUUACCUAACUGUGGUGCUUAGCAUGGUAUAGUCAAUCUAAAGGCCUGUGGGAUGUUUGGUUUAGUUCCUCAGUAACAGGAUACAUGGAGAGAAUAUGUGCUGUGAGUAGAAGGCACACAAACUGGACGAUUACUUAAUUCAAAUGCAAGAAACAGUGAUCGAAUGACUGCACUGAAGGCCGAUGGGAUGUUUGGUGUAGUUGAUAUAGCGUUGACAUUUGUUUGCCUGCUCCUCUCUCAGGAAGCGCAUGGCUCAGACAGAACUCUCCAAGUCGAUGAAUGACUUCCUCACCAAACUGCAGGAUGACCUGAAGGAAGCUAUGAACACCAUGAUGUGUACCAAGUGUGAGGGCAAACACAGGUACGUCACUCAGACUGAAUUAAUAUCUGUAAUAUAUGAAUAUCUAUCAAAAAUAUAAUACAUUUACAACCAACACCCUGCAGACUUUUGUGAAAGUGAGGGAUUGGAAUAGUAAUAUAAUUUACCUACACUGCAGUCUUGUCACUCCUACAGUAUUUAGCUAAAUGAAUAUGGUGACUACUCCAAAUCACUCAAAUUGUAUUAAUACAUUUUGCUUCCUAUAAAAUCUUUGUUACAGACAAAAAACACAAGCACAGGCCAGGUUUAGUUUACAUUGCUGGCUCCUCCAUGAUUCAUCCCUGUGUGUGCAGGAGGUUUGAGAUGGACCGGGAGCCUGCUGAGGCGCGGUUCUGUGCAGAGUGUAACAGACGCCACAGCGCCGAGGAGGGAGAACUGUGGGCCGAGUCCAGCCUGCUGGGCCUACGCAUCACCUACUUCGCCUGCAUGGACGGCAAGGUCUACGACAUCACAGGUACUGGCUUGACUAUGGCAGUGUUUGAGAGCAUCAAAACUGCAAUGCAUUGUGGGUCAAUUUUGACUGACUGCUCUACAAAUAAUAAUGAGUAGUUAUUUAUGAUGCAAGGUGAUUUGUAGAUCAGUAAGUCUGCAAUCGCCAACUGCAAUGCAGUCAAUGUCGAACAAGCCAAUUUCUUUGACAAGCCGUGUAAUGACACCCACAUGGAUAGUUCGGCCCUCAUCUAUGCUAAUGCCAUACCCUUUUAUGCAUUGACUUAAAGAUGCACUAUGCUGAAAUCCCUCCGGCAUUUCCUGGUUGCAUACAUUUUAAUAAUAUAGUAUAUAGUAUAGUGUAGAGAAUCAUUGUACCAUCUAAACUGUGAAUGCAUUUAUGUGCCAGACCAUGCCCACGUGAAUGUUCAUUGGUCAGUAGUGGCCAUAUUGUUUGAGAUGCUAGACUGGAGAAACAUAAUUUGUGAGAACUUGGUCCACAGAUGCCAUGUAUCAAGUUUUGUGCAGAUUGGUCAUUCGGUGCCAUAACAGUAGCGUCUUAAGUGUGUCACAAAAAAAAAAUGGUGGGAAAUCCAUCAUUAAGAGUCCUUGAGGCACAUUUUUUCCUUGUGAGGAGAGGGACCUAAGUACCAACUUUCAGGAGUCUAGGACAUACGGUGAAGGGCGUGACCUUUAAAAGUUUGCAUUUUCAAUCGCUUGUUAUAGCGCCACUGUGUGGCCGUUUGGAAUGGCAUUGCAUGAAUGGGUGUGGCGCUUGGCCCUUUACCAUCUUGCAAUGUUGCACCCUCCUGGGCCUUACAUCUCACAAGAAUUGAAAUUUUUUCACCAAAUCGCCGGAAGGAGAAUAAUAAUGAACGCCAACAAAUACUAUAGGUGUUUCGCCCAGCUUCGCUGCUUGAACCCUUAACAAGCCAACUGACAGGCUCAAAAGCCCUACAACUAAAUUCAAUUCUAAGCUGGCAAAUAAUGUUAAGUUUCAAGUUUUUAUUGUCACGUGCACAAGUACAGUGAAAUGCCUUCCUUGCAAGCGUGUUCCCAACAAUGCAGUAAUAAAGACACCUAAAUUCAGACUGACUAUUUCUCCUCCUAACUGCUUUCUUCCCUAUUGUCACAUUUAUUAAUUUGUCACCUUCUCCGCCCUCACCUUUCAGAGUGGGCCGGCUGCCAGAGGAUAGGAAUCUCUCCAGACACACACCGCGUGCCCUACCACAUCUCCUUCGGCUCCAAGAACAACAGUAGCUCCACGCAACGCCACAGGUUGGUCCCAGGGCAAUGAGGGUUGCGUUCCAAUAAUCUCAUCUUCCUCCUGAAGUGUGCACUUGUUAACUACUCCACACAAAUGUAAAAGCAUUGGAUUGGUGUAGGCAUGGGCUAGAGCAGUGGUCACCAACCUUUUCUGAGUCAAGAUCACUUUCACAGUCAAAAAGCAAGCCGAGAUCUACCGCUCAGAUUAGUUUAAACAUUACUAAAAAAAAAAUUACAUUGACCUGUAAGGUUCUGAAUAACAAUGUAAAAACCGACGGACGACUAUUAAAGCUCAAACCAAGUUUAUUCACCCACUGGGUCACACAGCUGCAUGAGACAAAGACAUGUUUCCACCAACACAGAUAUAUAUACAGUGGGGAGAACAAGUAUUUGAUACACUGCCGAUUUUGCAGGUUUUCCUACUUACAAAGCAUGUAGAGGUCUAAUUUUUAUCAUAGGUACACUUCAACUGUGAGAGACGGAAUCUAAAAUCCAGAAACUCACAUUGUAUGAUUUUUAAGUAAUUAAUUUGCAUUUUAUUGCAUGACAUAAGUAUUUGAGACAUCAGAAAAGCAGAACUUAAUAUUUGGUACAGAAACCUUUGUUUGCAAUUACAGAGAUCAUACGUUUCCUGUAGGUCUUGACCAGGUUUGCACACACUGCAGCAUGGAUUUUGGCCCACUUCUCCAUACAGACCUUCUCCAGAUCCUUCAGGUUUCGGGGCUGUUGCUGGGCAAUACGGACUUUCAGCUCCCUCCAAAGAUUUUCUAUUGGGUUCAAGUCUGGAGACUGGCUAGGCCACUCCAGGACCUUGAGAUGCUUCUUACGGAGCCACUCCUUAGUUGCCCUGGCUGUGUGUUUCGGGUCGUUAUCAUGCUGGAAGACCCAGCCACGACAUCUUCAAUGCUCUUACUGAGGGAAGGAGGUUGUUGGCCAAGAUCUCGCGAUACAUGGCCCCAUCCAUCCUCCCCUCAAUACGGUGCAGUCGUCCUGUCCCCUUUGCAGAAAAGUAUCCCCAAAGAAUGAUGUUUCCACCUCCAUGCUUCACGGUUGGGAUGGUGUUCUUGGGGUUGUACUCAUCCUUCUUCUUCCUCCAAACACGGCGAGUGGAGUUUAGACAAAAGCUCUAUUUUUGUCUCAUCAGACCACAUGACCUUCUCCCAUUCCUCCUCUGGAUCAUCCAGAUGGUCAUUGGCAAACUUCAGAUGGGCCUGGACAUGCGCUGGCUUGAGCAGGGGGACCUUGCGUGCGCUGCAGGAUUUUAAUCCAUGACGGCGUAGUGUGUUACUAAUGGUUUUCUUUGAGACUGUAGUCCCAGCUCUCUUCAGGUCAUUGACCAGGUCCUGCCGUGUAGUUCUGGGCUGAUCCCUCACCUUCCUCAUGAUCAUUGAUGCCCCACGAGGUGAGAUCUUGCAUGGAGCCCAAGACCGAGGGUGAUUGACCGUCAUCUUGAACUUCUUCCAUUUUCUAAUAAUUGCGCCAACAGUUGUUGCCUUCUCACCAAGCUGCUUGCCUAUUGUCCUGUAGCCCAUCCCAGCCUUGUGCAGGUCUACAAUUUUAUCCCUGAUGUCCUUACACAGCUCUCUGGUCUUGGCCAUUGUGGAGAGGUUGGAGUCUGUUUGAUUGAGUGUGUGGACAGGUGUCUUUUAUACAGGUAACGAGUUCAAACAGGUGCAGUUAAUACAGGUAAUGAGUGGAGAACAGGAGGGCUUCUUAUAGAAAAACUAACAGGUCUGUGAGAGCCGGAAUUCUUACUGGUUGGUAGGUGAUCAAAUACUUAUGUCAUGCAAUAAAAUGCAAAUUAAUUACUUAAAAAUCAUACAAUGUGAUUUUCUGGAUUUUUGUUUUAGAUUCCACCUCUCACAGUUGAAGUGUACCUAUGAUAAAGAUUACAGACCUCUACAUGCUUUGUAAGUAGGAAAACCUGCAAAAUUGGCAGUGUAUCAAAUACUUGUUCUCCCCACUGUAUGGAUAUAUAUAUAUACUCCAAUUUAGGUGAACUCCUUUUCUCUCUAAACCUUACAUAUUUUAUUGCUAGGCAGGAAGUUAAGUGAUGUGAGCAAUAAACUGUUCCUUCUCCCUUAACGUGACCUGACCUAACCUCAACCCAUAUCAGCGAUGGCAAUCAUGUGAUUGCCUCUCCUCUACUCAAUACAUUCCAAAGCCCCCUGGCUCCUAUCCAACCUUCAUUGACCCCACCAUAUACAUUCCUCCUACAGAUAACCAUGAACUUCUGGUGUCUAAACCAGACUAUGGCACUCCUCAUGUCUUUAGUAUAACUGAUGAUUAACAAUAUUUAAAGUUUAGAAAUCUGAACCCCUCAAACCUAAUAAAAACAGUUAUGUAGAAAUGAGGUUUGUGCAGUAGGCCUAAUACAUUAUCACAGCAUAUUGGCUGUAUGCCUGGCCUGCCAAUAUUGCUAUUCUCAGACCAUAUUAUAUUUCAAAACUCAAGCUUUGAUAACAAAAUAGAUCAGUUGGUGUAGCACUAGCAAGGCACAGCUGAGCAUAAAUUGAAAUAAUUUGCUAAUAAUUAGCCAUUUUAAUUUACUGGACUGAUGGUACCUGCAUCUGAUGGUCGUGCUUUCAAGACAACUGGGAACUCUGAAAAAAGGUCAAAGAUGCCCGAGUUUCCGAGUUGGAUGACCGUUCAAAAUGAUUUUCCCAGUCGGAUCUCGUUUUUCCAGAGUUCGCCGUUGUCUUGAACGCACUGAAGUCAGAAGUCAGAGAUUUCCAAGUUCCCCGCUGUUUUGAACACGGCAUUAGUCUCAGCAGAGGGAGGGAGAGAGCAGCAGAGGGUCCGCCUCUCACGGUCACUGCUCUCUCCUUCUUUUCCUCUGGUGAGACUUACCAGAGAGAGGGGACACAGUCUUCCUCCUGAUGGCGAAACUUGACUCGCACCGCAUCUGCCUCAGGCACAAAUUAAUGUUGUUCCUAUGACCAGAGAAAGUGAAAUACUCCUCGAUAUUAAAAUAGACACGAGGAGCUGCUAAUAAUAAUAAAUACGCAGACACUUGACUACUCAUUCAUUGCAGCUGCAGCGCCAGUGGAAGUAGAGAGAAGCUCGUUUUAUGUUUUGUAAUAGUGUUGAAUAAAAAGUGUUGACAGUGCUGAAUAAAACUUUGACAUGAACUCACUCAUAAGAACAGCAGCUCUCUGGUCAUGGUUUUAAAAGUUAUGAAAUCUCAUGUAGGCUAGAAUCAAACUUUGCUGUGGCCGGGGUCGUGGAAGCUGUAGCACGGUGAUUUGAGCUAUCCGAUUGGCCAGCACAGUAGGCUGACUCGAUUUAGCCACAGAUCUCCCGGUCUGCCGGGUAGGCAGUGUUUGUCUUUUCAGACAAAUGAAAUGGUUCAAAAUAAGAACACUUUGCCUACGGACCGGUUGGUGACCACUGGGCUAAAGGGAGUUUCCAUAUACCAGUCAUUUCCUUUCAAAUCCAUUAAGGGAAGUGAACAAGUGCAUGCUUCAGGAGAAAGGAGAGAUUAUUGGGACACAACCGAGGUGUUAUGUGAUCGACCGCUCUAAAUGAGCACAGAGGCCUAAAUUAGUUUGUUCUCUGAAAUGUCUACGCUGUGGUCAGUGCAGGUGCUUGUGCAACUAUCCCAUUGUGACUUGCAUCAGGGUUAUAUAUAGUCUAGAUGAAAAUAUAAUUAAUGUAAUAGAAUGAAAGGCCACCCAAGGCUCUGAUGAAGCAUGUUUGUCCCGUGAAUAAAACUCAGAUCUACGUAGACAGUGAGUGCUCCUUUUUCUUUAUUUUCCUGGAGUCACCUGUUGAAGUGUCCUGAGGUAAGGAAUGUUUUUAGAAAUAAUGUAACUCUCUUCCCAUGCUCUCCAGGACACCUCCAGGCCCAGAGCACCCUCCUCCAGGCCCGACCAACCCCGCUGACCUGCAGGACUUCUUCAACCGUAUCUUCCAAGGGGGACCUCCCCCCGACAUGGCUGCCAACGGAGGUUUCUUCCCCUCAGGACCGCCCCCCCACCAACCCUCUGGUGCUGGACCGGGACCUAGUGGACCUUUCUCCCCUCCUCCACCACAGACUGGCUUCUUCAUGCCUCCUGGAGGGCCCCGGCCGGAGCCCAGUGAGACGUGGGCCGAGAGCGGAGGCAAGCCUCCUCCCCGCAGGAGGAAGAAGGUCCGCAAGCCCUUCCAGAGGUGA